AUGCCUUUAGCUGGCACACAUUGCCUCAUUGUAUGGACAUUAGACUCAGUUGUCAUAAAUACCAAAAAGAAAGCUCUCAGUCAUAUUCUGGAUCAUGGAUGUCCUGUACUGGAUUCCCCCAAGGCAAAUCAAUCAUUUUCAAAAGUGGAUAAGCCCUUCACGAAAGAGGAAGACAAAGUGUCCAAAAAGGGCAACAAGAAAGAAAAACAAACAUCUGAAAAGCCUCCACACAUCACAUCUGAGGGCAGAGGCAAACAGAAAAGUAGCUCAAUAACUGUUAAGAAGAGCAAGAUUAACUGUGUUUUAAAUGCGUGUACUGAAUAUCCAUGCCUGGGCUCAGGCAGCCGAGGGGGCUCAGGCGCCUCUGUGAGGAGGCAGUUCCAGCUGGUUCCCGCCGCCCCACAGGCGCAGCUGAGCCCCUCGGGUGCCUCGGGGGAAGCAGGUGAUGUCAGCCCUUCAACUUCGUUGACAUUGUCAUCCAGUAACACUGCUGUCAUCACACAGACAAUUACCAGAACACUUCCUCUAAAGCAGAAAAAGCACUUUGUCAAUGUUAAGGCCCAGCAUUUGCAAAAUAGCAACAAAAAAUCCAAAAGUAGAAAAGAUUUGGAGAUCCAACUGCUGCAAGUGGAGUGCGAAGAACUCAAAAAUCAGCUUGGGUGCCUGAGGGAAGGGCUGAUGGGGCAGAAGCCAGGAGACACAGAACAGUUACUGAAACAGUCCCAGAGAGAGUUGUUGUGGCUUCAGAGACAGCUGUCCUUUAUCUCCAGAGGAGGCCCUGUGUGUGUCUUGGCAGCUAGCAAGGAAAAUGAACUGAAGGAUGCUGUGCAAGAAAAGAACCGCCUGAGCCUCCAGUAUGCAAGUGUGUCCCAAAAAGCACUGCAGUAUGACCAGUUAAUUAAAUUAAAAAAAAAAAAAAAAAAAAAAAAAAAAAAAAAAAAAAAAAAAAAAAAAAAAAAGGAAAAAAAGUACUGGUCACUUCCUGAACUGAAGUUUGAAGGAAACAUGAGCUGCACCAAUAUUAAAGUAAAAUCAGACUAUGACCAUCUUAGAGAAACCCUUCUCAGAGUGACCAAAGAACGAGAUUUGGCUUUAAAGGGAAAACACCAGCUCCAAGCCAAGCUGGAGAACUUAGAGCAGGUCCUAAAGGUAAAAUCAGACUAUGACCAUCUUAGAGAAACCCUUCUCAGAGUGACCAAAGAACGAGAUUUGGCUUUAAAGGGAAAACACCAGCUCCAAGCCAAGCUGGAGAACUUAGAGCAGGUCCUAAAGAGAGUCACAGAAGCUUAA